GGACGAGGUUCUAGAUUUAUUAUCAUCAGAGGGAUUAAGCUUUAUGCUAUUAGAAAAUUCUGAAGAAUGGACGCUAGCCGAAAGCAACCUUACUUUCAGCAUUGGUAACAAUGACCAAUUUAACACGCAGCAAACACAGAUUUCUCAAGAGCUACUCAAUUGUCAACCACCAAGUGCCAUCAAUUCUGCACUAUUAUCUAUUGAAUAUGGCAAUUGUGAUAUUGUCAAUGCCAGUGUAUCAAAUCUUUCAACUAAAGAAGACCCUCUGGCAGUACCGAGCACAUCAAGGUUAGAGAAACGAAAACUAUCUUUGGACGAUAGUGCACAUCUGACUCACAAACGCAUUGCGAAUCUGUCUACAGAUCAAUACUCGAGUAUCCUGUCAAUCGCUUCAACUUGUACCACGCGCGAAGAAGCAUACUGUUCUAAUAUCUAUGUAAAUGAUUCGCAACUAUCCGUGCAAGACGACACGCUGUCUGUAUCCGUCACCUCAGGAGUGGAAGAAAAUUCAUCGUCACAAGGGGUUGACGACACUGCUGCUACACCUGAUCCUAACACCCUCAGCCAAAAGUGUACGGCACAAGUUCCAGUCGCUCCUAAAAAUAAUGACCUUCCUACGUCAGUUAAAUUGGCCAAAUUCGAAGUCGACUGGAAAAUAAUUCCAAACGACGUAAUGCAUCAGCUGCAAGGCCGUCAACCUAACGUUGGAUACAGGGGAAUAUCGGAAACAAACUAUAACCGAUUUGUUGACCACGUAACUGCUCAAAUAAGGACCACAAGUUCAAAGAUUCCGUUCUUUGUCUUUAGAAGAGUUGCUCUAAAGAUCAUCAACAAAUAUCCCACACUCCGAGAUUGCGAUGACGAAGGACAUACCAUAGGUGACGGGUCUAAUAGUUUAGCUGACAAACUACGCAAUCAUAAUGCUUAUUUAAACAGAGCCCAUCGAAGUGAAGUACAUACCACACGUCGCAAGGUUUGCUUCAAUCGUCGAUGUACAGUGGGUGUACGCCCAGAAUACUUCAAAUCCGGUACAAAUCAUUGUAGUAAAGACCUUUUAAUUGUGCUUACAAGAAAACGAGUUGACAACUUGAACGAAGAUGCUUUGAUUGGCACAGAAGCAUUCAUUCGCCAUAAAAUUGACAGUUCUAUCAAUCUACACACGCUGCAUCAGGAAUUGCCAUCGAUUGGUAGGAACGAGGUUCUAAACUACCAUUUCUAUAGAGCCACUGGGUGUAGUGCUGAAGCAUUCAGUACUAAUUUCGCGAAAAAAAGAGCAAAAUUAAUCGAAGUGUCGAAGUCUUACAAGCGACCGCUGCAUAUUCCAUCUAAAGCAUCUGAUUUUGAAGUACUUGAAGGCGUUUCAAGAUUGCUUGGGGAAAAUGUUUCAUCGUUAAUUCACGAAAUUGAGGAUAUCCAUGAGAUGCAGUCAACUGAUAACUUCCCUUCAAUUGUGUUCCUUGAUCAGACCGACAAUGGGCAAAAGUUUUUUAUUCAGGCCGAAAACACACUAUUGACCUUAGGCGUCAAUAAUAUCAUUCAUGCGUUCCAGCAGCUUUUGGCUGUAUAUUUUGUGUAUUUCUACAAAUAUCCUAAAGAUGUAUCCAAAACACUAGAAUUUCUCCAAAUGUUCCUUUUGAAGCUGUAUCCAGAAAAUGGCACGCGCUCAACGGCCACUAUUGUUGGAAGACAUCAGCGUAUGGUGACUUCAUUAAUAUCAAAAAUAUCAAAAUUGGAUUGGAGAAAACAACAGACCGAAAAUAAGAACUAGUCCAGCCUACUCAAAUGCCAUUGCUUCCAAAAUUAAAAAGCAUUUUACCCACAUCCAAAAACCGAAAAGCAUUUUGCACACAUCAUGUUUUCGAUGAGAGAGAAAAGUCUUCAUUCACGUAAAACGUCAUUUAAUCGGAAUAUAUAUCUUGGCGAACGUCCUAACGUUGAUUUAAAAUGGUAUAUCUCUCCGCAAAACCAGGAAACAAAUAUCGAACGUUGCUUUCCGUGCAAAACUAUCUGCAAGUUUAAUCAGAAAACCUUCAUUUGACCGGGAUGCGUCAGGGAAAGAUAAAAAAUAUCGCCAAUAGCCGAAUGAUCCUGGGUUUCUACCACCCUAUGGUCCUCCCUUGAACCAAAAUGCCGGAGAAAGUCCAACCAGGUAGCUGUAUCUUCUACGUGACAGCAGGAAUGUUGAUUGUCCAUGGUGACGGAAGGAUCGUGGGUUUCUACCACCCGGUGGACCGCGUUUCAGCCUGACGGAGAACUAUACGCAGUCGUAAUUUUUUGGCCAACCCUGUGCAGUACUCCACGCAUUUCCAGAGGAAGCCGCAACCUAACAUCCGCGACGAGAUUUCUUGCCUUCAACCAGACGGUUAACUAGGCAGAGACGCCAUGCUUUCUGGGAACCCUCAAUGCCGACCAAUACUGUAAGUGCUUCACGCAGUGCCGGAGGAAGUCCAUUCAGCUAGCAGUACCUUCAACGUGACCCGAAUUCAGUAGGAAUGCUGAUUGUCCAUGGUUCAUGGCUCCUACCACCCAAUUCCUGCCCUUCAACACAGCGGAGACUAGUCGUUAUGCUUUCUGGAAGUCUUUCAUGCCGACCAACACUGCGCAGUACUCCACGUAGUACCAGAUGAAGCCGUAAUCUAACAUCUGCGACGAGAUGUCUUGCCUUCUUCAACCAGACGGUGAACUGGGUGAACUAGGAAGAGACGCCAUGCUUUCUGGGAGCCCUCCAUGCUGACUAACACUGACAGUGCUCUACG